UCCGCGCGCCGCCUCCACCUGAUGCCUCAGUCUCUCAUUCAGUCCUGAAAGUCAGAGCUGUGGAGGUCUCACUUCCUCCUCGGAGAUGUUCAAAGGUUCCUAUUUUUUUAUCGGAGAAAGGGACCCCUGACGUUCAGCCGCGCGCGCAGAGAGGAGCGUGGACGCUUCAUCUGUAACGGAAAUGCGACGGCAGACAAAGAAGAAUGUGGCUCUGGCUGUGCUGCUUCUCAUCAGUGGGCUGUACUUCAUUAGUCAUUCAGACUUCUUCAUAACUAGAUCACUUGAGCCACCUCUAAGUGAGUUAAGCUGGCAUGGAGAAAGGCUGAUCAGUAAAGAGUCCUGGGUGGAGCGGGGAGGUUACCUGCCUCUCAAUGUGAGCUAUCAGCUGCUGGCUGGAGCGCCAUCUACCCAGCAAAGGUUUUUGACAGUUGGGAUGUCAUCGGUGAAAAGGAGCAAGGGCAGCUAUCUCAUUCCCACCUUGCAGUCCCUCUUCUCUCAGUCAUCUCCUGAAGAGCGCUCCUCCAUGGUCGUGGUAGUGCUGCUAGCAGAUUUUGAUGUCAGCUGGAGAAUUGCUACGGUCAAUGAAAUAAAAACAGUGUUUGCUGUGGAGCUGGAACAAGGCCAGCUUGUGGUCAUCCAUGUCUCUCAAGACUGGUACCCGCCUCUUACAGGUAUAAAGAGGAAUUACAACGAUGCCGCGGAACGGGUAACUUUCCGCUCCAAGCAGAACUUGGAUUACUGCUUCCUGACCACCUACAGUGUAGGUGUUGGACAGUACUACCUCCAGCUGGAAGAUGAUGUCUCUUCUGCCAAAAACUUCCUCACAACCAUUAGGAGACACGUUGAGGAGCAGAACAGGAAGAAGGAGACCUGGGCAAUGCUGGAAUUCUCAACUCUUGGCUUCAUUGGGAAGCUCUACAAGUCGACUGAACUUCCUCUACUGGCUCGGUUCCUUUUCCUCUUCUACCAGGAAAUGCCCUGCGAUUGGUUGAUGACUCAUUUCCGACUAUUGAUGACCCAGAAAGAACCAAUUCUCUUGAAACCAUCAUUGUUCCAACAUAUGGGAACAUUUUCUUCCUUCCAGGGAACGUACAACAAGCUGAAGGACAAGGACUUUGAGGAAGUGCUCUACUCCAAUCCUUCAGCUGAAGUCUUCUCUAACAUCUCAACCUACCAGAAACACUUCCCCAAACUUGCUUGGGAUGCCGGGGAGGGAUUCUUUUGGGGACGUUCCCCGGUCAAAGGACAUCAGCUGACAGUGGUGUUCCUUGACCCCGUAGUGGUGACAGGGAUUUUAGUAGAAACAGGAUCAGGAGGCAAAGACCUCCUGGACUCGGCUCAGGUGGAAAUAGGCCAUGAUGUGGUAACCACAGAGAAAGAGAAGAGCUGUAAAGAAUUCCAGUCAGUGGGAACAUUUGAGAAUGGGAGGUUUGAGAUGCAGGAGUUGGAUAAAAAGUUCAGCUCUGCCUCUUCGUGUCUGAGGAUACUGGUGACAGCUGCCCAGAAGGACUGGGUCAUCAUUCAGAAAAUCAGGAUCACAACAAGCUGAGUACGUGAUGGUGCCAAGUGUUCAUCAGUCUUCUUUAACUCUGAUUUUCUUUGGUUUACGUACAAACAGCAUCAGAAUUUUCUGCCUGUUUCUAUGAUGAAACAAACAAUUAAAACUGUCAAGCCUCUAUAGAUCUGUGAUGCUGUGAUAAUCUGUUGCCUCUUCAACCGAAAAACAGUAGCUGCGUUUACAUGGAGCAACAACUGUAGAAAUUGCACAA